AUGGUUGCAUUUUCCAAUCUUCUCAUCACAUUCUCGGCAGUUUCUGCCUCACUCGCCACUCCGAAUUCCAUUCUCCCAAAGCGGAGCCCAAUGGAUUUUAUUCUUCAACACAACCAAAGCCCUCUCAAUGAUCGUGCAACAAUUUACCAAUAUGAUUAUAAGACUGGUGAAGAUGUACUCUACAUACUAUCCGAUAGUUCUUUCACUGUAGAUUGGUCGACUGAGGAUGAUUUUGUUGUCGGUUUUGGUUGGACAACUGAGUCUACCAAUCCCCUCAACUUCAGCGGCACCUUUGGUAUGGGAUCCGGCAGGUUCGAAGACUCACUCGUAGAAUACUACAUCAUCGAGGCCAGUACUUCUCCUCUUAGCUUCAGAACCAUAAAAGGCAGCGUCACGAGCAACGUAUCAAGCUAUACUGUCUGGGAAAACCAACGUCUUAUUGAGCCUAUAUUUCGGCGCAAUCUUCUCAGCGCAAAACUGGUGCGAUUAUCUCCCCGCAAACGUGGGAAUGUUACUGCAGAUAACCAUUUUCAGGCUCGGACGGCGCUGUGUAUGAAUUUGGGGAGUCUUAAUUAUCAGGUUUUGGUGGUGGAGGGGUGA